UGCGGCCUUGCCACCUUCCUUUCCUUAAACCCCUCCCCUCCGAAUUCCCGAAGGUCUCCUCGGCUCUGUCCGUCGAUCGCAUUCGAAACCCUAAAUUCCCCUCCCCUCCCAAAUCCAUCUCCGUUCCCGUCACCUCCCUUCCUCCUUCCUACGAUGGAGGUGCAGCCUCACUUUCUCCGCCGCCACCAGCACCACAACCACCCCUCCGUUCUAAUCGUUCUCAUCGCCGCCGUCCUCCUCUCCGCCGGCCGCUUGGCGGCGGCCCAAACCGACGCCGGCGACGCGGCCACAAUGCGGACCCUCGCCAAGGCUCUUGAUCCGUCCGGAAAGCUCAACUGGUCGGCCUCCUCCGACCCCUGCACCAGCUGGGGCGGCGUCCGCUGCACCAGCGGCCGCGUCACCGGCGUCCUAGUCAGCAACAGUGGCAUCUCCGGCUCCCUCCCGCCGGACGUCCGCAACCUCUCCGCCCUCACCCGCCUCGAGCUCAUGAUCAACAAACUGUCCGGUCCUCUCCCCUCGCUCGCCGGCCUCGGCGCUCUUACCACCCUCUUCCUGGCCAACAAUAGCUUCUCCUCCAUCCCGGAAGACUUCUUCUCCGGCCUCAACUCCCUCACCAACGUCUACCUCGACACCAACCCCCUCGCCUCCUGGACGAUCCCAUCAUCACUCCGCACCGCCUCCGGCCUUGUCAACUUCUCCGCCAACGGCGUCAACCUCACCGGCACCAUACCGGACUUCCUCGGCACCGGCUUCCCGAGUUUUUACCACCUGGCCCUCGCCGGCAAUAACCUCACAGGCCCGAUUCCGUCGAGCUUCGGCGCCUCCCCGCUCAACUCCCUGUGGCUCAACAACCAGAAGGGAAGCGGCCUCUCGGGCCGCAUCGAUGUCAUCCAGAACAUGACAAAUCUCAAGCUGCUCUAUCUUAUGUCCAAUUCCUUCUCCGGCCCGAUUCCCGAUCUCUCCCGCCUCGAAAACCUCUAUGAUUUGGAUCUCCGGGACAACCAGCUCACCGGCCCCGUGCCGAGCUCGCUGACUUCGCUCAAAUCUCUUAAGAGAGUCGUCUUGACCAAUAAUCUUCUUCAAGGGCAGGUGCCUGUCUUCCCCAAUACGGUGGAGGUGGAACUGGAUGCAGAUACUGAGAGAUUCUGCCUCACGAACGGCACCGCCUGCGAUCCCCGGGUGAAUGUUUUGCUCUCCAUUGCCAAGUCCUUUUACUAUCCAACGUACCUGGCCAACCAGUGGAAAGGGAAUGAUCCGUGCAAUGGUUUUACGGGCAUUACGUGCGAUCCGAGUGGUAACAUCACCUCCGUCGUAUUGCAGAAAUUGGCUUUCAACGGUACGAUCUCGCCGGAUUUUCAGUUGCUGCCUAAGCUGCAGAAGCUGAUUCUCUCCGGUAAUAAUCUAACCGGCACUAUUCCAUCGGAGCUUACCAAUUUGAAGUAUCUCCAGUUAUUGGAUGUUUCUAAUAAUGCCCUGUGGGGGAAGGUUCCAAGUUUUGGUGGAAAUGUUUCGGUGAACACGGAUGGGAACCCGAAUAUCGGAAAGGAUACUGGGAAUGGUGGCACUCCAGGUACGAAUUCUCCAAAUUCUGGGAAUUCUGGUGAUGGUGGAAGAAAGAAGUCCACAGGAGUUAUCAUGGGCUCCAUCGUUGCCGCAGUAUGUGGUGCUCUCUUCAUCGGGUUUUUAGGAUUUUGGUGUUGGAAGAGAAAGAAGCACAUUAAAGUUCAGAAGACUAAUGAUAUGGUGAUAGACCUAAAGCAUUCCGGUUCCGAUACCCAGUUGUCGAAGGUCGACAGUGGACUGAUUAUAGCUGAGCCAGGGAGCAUGGUUGUUUCAAUACAAUUACUAAGGGAGGUUACAAACAACUUCAGUGAGGUUAAUAUCUUAGGUCGUGGAGGGUUCGGGACAGUCUAUAAGGGGGAGCUCCAUGAUGGCUCCAUGAUCGCAGUGAAGCGAAUGGAGACUGGAGUGAUGGGGUCGAAGGGUCUGAAUGAGUUCAAGUCAGAAAUUUCGGUCCUUACCAAGGUCCGGCAUCGGAAUCUGGUCUCCCUUCUUGGCUACUGCUUGGAAGAAAACGAGAGGAUUUUGGUUUAUGAGCACAUGCCUCAGGGUACGCUCAGUCACCAUCUUUUUGAUUGGAUGGAAUUGGAAUUGAAGCCGUUGGAAUGGAAAAAGAGAUUGACCAUUGCUUUGGAUGUUGCACGCGGUGUUGAGUAUCUACACAGUCUGGCUAAUCAGACCUUCAUACACAGGGAUUUGAAGCCCUCCAACAUUCUGCUUGGAGAUAAUAUGAGAGCUAAGGUUGCUGAUUUUGGGUUAGUUCGACUUGCACCGGAAGAUAACCGUUCCAUUGAAACAAGGCUUGCGGGAACUUUUGGGUACCUUGCACCAGAGUAUGCAGUGAUGGGGCGUGUAACCACCAAAGCUGAUGUUUUUAGCUUCGGAGUGAUACUCAUGGAGCUGAUCACGAGUAGGAAAGCAAUUGUCACUACCCAGCCAGAGGAGAGCAUGCAUUUGGCGACUUGGUUCCGGAGGAUGCACCUCAACAAAGAUGCCUUCCAGAAGGCCAUUGACCCAAAUAUCAUUCUUGACGAGGAGACCUUGGAGAGCAUAAAGACAGUUGCUAACUUGGCUGGCCACUGCACUAUGAGAGAACCCUAUCAGAGGCCUGACAUGGCAUAUGCUGUCAAUGUCCUGUCCUCGCUUGCUGAAAUCUGGAAGCCAACCGAUGCUUACUCUGAUGAUGGUUAUGGAAUCGACCUUGAAACUCCAUUACCAGAGGUGCUUAAGAAGUGGCAGGAAUCCACAGAAAGUAGCCAAAUGGAUGGCACCAUGCCAUUGCCAUAUAUUCCUAGUUCUGAGAACUCCCAGAGUAGCUUUGCAGGAACCUUAACCUCAGCAAAUGCAAGAUAGUUUAAUAAAAGAGGAUGUAGUUGAAAAGCCUGUUGUGUGGCUUGUUCAUUUCCUAUCCUAGCUUGAGUUUGGAAGUCUCGUUUCUUCUUUUCCUUUAUACAGUCUCUGAUCUUAGUUUUACCUUUUAGUUUUUACUCCUUAAU